CGCUCUUGUCUCCCCUUGUGCACUUCUACAGCACUCUCUCGACACACACUCGCGCACCAUGGUCAAGGUUCUCGCUAUCCUGUACGACGGCGGCAAGCACGCAGAGGAGCAGCCGAAGCUGCUCGGAACGACCGAGAACGCGCUCGGAAUGAGGCCGUACUGCGAGAAGAACGGCAUCGAGCUGGUCGUCACGAGCGACAAGGAGGGCCCGGAUUCCGAGUUCAACAAGCACAUCGUCGACGCCGACGUCCUCAUCACGACCCCGUUCCACCCUGGCUACCUUACGCGCGAGCUCAUCGCGACGGCCAAGAACCUCAAGCUCGCCAUCACUGCCGGCGUCGGCAGUGACCAUGUCGACCUGAACGCCGCCAACGAGCGCAAGAUCACUGUCGCCGAGGUGACUGGCAGCAACGUCGUCUCGGUCGCCGAGCACGUCAUCAUGACCAUCCUCGUCCUCGUCCGCAACUUUGUGCCCGCGCACGAGCAGAUCAAGGCCGGCGACUGGGAGGUCGCCGCCGUCGCCAAGGGCGAGUACGACCUCGAGGGCAAGGUGGUCGGCACGCUCGGUGCCGGCCGCAUCGGCUUCCGUGUUCUGCAGCGCCUCAAGCCGUUCGACUGCAAGGAGCUCCUGUACUACGACUACAACUCGUUGCCCGAGGACGCCGCCAAGGAGGUUGGCGUUCGCCGUGUCGAGGACCUCAAGGACUUCCUGUCGCAGUGCGACGUCGUCACGCUCAACUGCCCGCUCCACGAGGGUACCAAGGGCAUCAUCAACAAGGAGACGAUCUCGUACAUGAAGGACGGCGCGUGGCUCGUCAACACGGCUCGUGGUGCCCUGUGCGUCGCAGAAGACGUCGCCGAGGCGGUCAACUCGGGCAAGCUGUCGGGCUACGGCGGCGACGUGUGGCCCAAGCAGCCGGCGCCCGCCGACCACUGCUGGCGCACGAUGGCCAACCCGCUCACCAAGGGCGGCAACGCCAUGGUGCCGCACAUGUCGGGCACGUCGCUCGACGCCCAGAUCCGGUACGCCAACGGCGCGAUCAAGAUCCUCGACAACUGGCGCAACGGCGUGCCGCAGACGCAGAGCGACCUCAUCACCGAGAACGGCGAGUACGCGACGCUCUCGUACGGACAGCGCACGGGCAAGAAGUGAGGAGGCGACGCGCAACGAGGGCAAGAGGAGUCGGGCGGUCGGCGGCUUUGACGUGUCCAAGCGGUCGACGCCUUCCUCAGCCUGACUUGAUCGACGAAGUGAAAUGACCAGCAGUACCAGCUUCAUCUCUCGA